AUGUCUCAGCCCAUAAUCAAGCCCGGUCUGGUCUGCAUAGUCCUCCAGGGCCGCCACGCGGGGAAGAAGGCCGUGAUAGUGGAGGCCUUGCCGCACAACGAGAGGGGGAGCUAUGCUAUCGUGGCAGGUAUCGCUGCCCUCCCUCGUCGCAUCACCAAUUCCAUGAGCGAUGAGGAGGCCGUGUGCCGUGGAAGAGUUCGCUCGUUUGUCAAAUGCAUGAAUGUGAACCACCUGAUGCCCACCUCGUGCAGGCUGGAGAACAACUACAAGGACUUCAUCUCUACACAGACCGUCGCUGACGUUACCAAGAGGAGGGAGAUCAUUGAGACAGUCAACAAGGACUUUCAGAGGCGCAUCCUGGAGCACAGGGACACAUGGUUCUUCACCAAGUUGCCCAUUGAUGCUUGA